AUCCGAAAAUUCAGUUAUUUCCCCGAUUAUGUUGACCAGAACCUUGACCUCUUUCGAGACGAAGGUCCUGAUGUACUGUACCGGUGGCAUUCGCUGUGAACACGGCUCAGCCUAUCUCUGCUCAAAAGAUUUGUGUAAGGAUGUUUAUCAGCUGAAAGGUGGCAUUCAUAAGUACGUGGAACAAUUCCCUGAGGGCAUCUAUCGCGGCAAACUUUUUGUGUUUGACGAGCGCUAUGCCAUCUCCUCCAACAGUGACAUCAUCUCAGAGUGCAGAUAUUGCAGCUCACCGUGGGACCAGUACCAGCUGUGCUCCACCCAUUUCUGCUGCCAGCUGGUCAUUUCCUGCACUCACUGCAGACAGGUGGGCCACACUGCCUGCUGCCCCACCUGCCAGACCAAGGGCCAGGGAGAAGAGCCCUCCACCACACCUACACAGAAAGAGGAGUGCGAGUGCACAGACGGGCAGCCCAGGAUCCCCCAGGAUGCAUUGUGAUGUUUUAAAACAUUAAACAGCGCUAAGCAGAGACCUUACCUGGAACUUUACCCUCAUGGUUUUGACAAUCCUGGUUCAACAGACCCAAAUGUGGUUGUGGUGACAAACAGCUCGUGUCUAUUUCAAUUAAAGGAAUCCUCAACAUCUGUUAUUUUAUGAGCUUGCCUUGAAUGGGUCUUGAAUGGCUCAAGUAAAAAAUGCACUAACAUUAUA